AGAGAGGACUGCAGCAAUACCCGGCGAAGAAGACGACGAGAUGUCGCGAAUGCUAAACGGAAAAUAGAGGAGACGGCGGACUGUGUAGUGAACGACAAUAUAAAGCUGUUAGCGCGACAUAUUACUGUUCACAAUAGCUGCAUCACAUUGGCUUAAACUAUGACAGAGCCUCAAUCAGCGCUGUUACUAAGGAGACAGCUCGCAGAGCUCAAUAAAAACCCAGUAGAAGGUUUCUCAGCUGGCCUGAUUGAGGAUAAUGAUCUUUACAGAUGGGAAGUUCUUAUCAUCGGGCCACCAGACACACUUUAUGAAGGUGGUGUGUUUAAAGCUCAUCUGACAUUUCCCAAAGACUACCCUCUAAGGCCACCUAAAAUGAAAUUUAUCACAGAUAUUUGGCACCCUAAUGUUGACAAGAAUGGAGAUGUAUGUAUUUCUAUUUUACACGAACCUGGGGAGGACAAGUAUGGCUAUGAAAAACCGGAAGAACGCUGGCUCCCCAUCCAUACUGUUGAAACUAUCAUGAUUAGUGUUAUCUCCAUGCUGGCAGACCCAAAUGGUGACUCGCCAGCCAACGUAGAUGCAGCAAAAGAGUGGCGGGAGGACAGGCAUGGAGCGUUUAAACGAAAAGUCGCACGCUGUGUACGGAAAAGCCAAGAGACUGCAUUUGAGUGAUAUUUAACAAGGAUCUACAUUCAUGUUUUCAGGGUCUCCAAUUGAAACUCAACAUGGCACUGUUUCCUGCACUCUUCCACCAUUUUGCCAGGCUCGUCGUCCUCUUAUUUUGGCAGGAAGACUGACUGGCUCCUCUAAGCUGCAAUAGAACAUUACAGUGACUACCACGGCUGACAGACCACCAAGCAAGUGCCAACUGAACAUAAGAAAGAAAGAAAAGAAAAAAAAAAAAAAAAAAAACACUUUGCAAGUCAAUGAACUGCUUCAAUAUUCAGGAAGAUAUUGUAAAGACAUGUAUAUAGCACAGACUAAGCCGGAUAAUAUAUAAGAUCCCUCUCCAUACAUCAUGCACUUAGUCCAAAUGAAUUGCGCUGGCUCUCAUUUGUGUUUUUUCUCCCCUCUCCAACAUGUGCUCUGUGGGUUUAUUUUUCAGCAGGAGGUCUUAAAUUAAGCAUUGCAAUGUUGUGAAAAGCUUGUUUAAUUCAAGCAUUAUAUGAAUGACAACACUUAUCAUUUCUAGACUCUAGCCAUAUUUGGCAUUUGUCAUCAAACACUGACAAACCUACUUUCAAAUGUGUUCCAUAGUAAUGUUGGGUUUUAUUUAGCUAAUGAAAGUCUUACUAUCACAUUCUUUUAUCCACAAACAACGCAACAUACUCAUUUUGUGCAUGCGCAAGUUCCUUCUGUUUUAUUGCAAAAGUGCCUCCAGAUAAAAAUGUUCCGCCACGUCAACCGGCAUUGAUCAAGGAGUAAAUGAAAUACUGUAUAAGCAGUGUAUUCAAUUGGUCUGAUAGCUAGGACACAUGCAGUAUAAUAAUGCUAUUGCUCCCAAUUUAAUGUAGCAAUAAAUCCCCUAUGAUGUGUACUCAUUUACACAGUACAAUUUAAGGUCCUCCAAAAAUCUGCUAUUUUAGUAGCUGUUUGUUUGUUUGUUGUUGUUUUUUUGAGUCAGUGUUUUCCUCAGUAGAAAUUGUUAUGCAUGCUUAUCAUUUUUUUCUGUUCUGUUUAAAUUUGUAUUUUAUUUUUUACUUCAGAAUGUGUGGCAUUUUAAUGUGAAUGUUUGUCCAUAUAGUGUAUGUGCCCGUUCUGCUGCGCUGGUCUUUCAUCACAUCCCACCAUCUGUUUAUUCUGCUCAAUGAUCGGUUUUGGCUAAUGUACAAAGACAAAAUACUGAUGUAUAUUAUCCAGGUUAUGAAACCCGUCACCUGUAGUGAGCUCUUCUUUACGUACUUCUUUGCGUGUGUUGAAUUCAUUCUUUUGUGUUAUAGGCCCUGCACAAAAUGCAAAUCACCCAUGAGAAACCAUUUCCUGGAUCCAAGUGUUUUUUCCCCCCCCCCCCCGAGUACAGUAUUACAAGUGCUCAACUCAGUCUUCUACAAAUAUUCAAAAUUCACCAAAUGCAAUGCUGAGGGUCUUCGGUUACGAUGCGUGAAAUGAAGUACUGUAGCAUGGCGUCAGGUGGAAACCUACAGUGGUAUGAAAGAAAGUGUUUGCCCCUUUUUUUUUUUUUUGCAUGUUUGUCACACUUGGCAGCAACAACUUCCAUCGAGCGUUUCCGAUAACUUGCAAUGAGUCUCUUACGGCGCUGUGGAGGAAUUUUGGCCCACUCACCUUUGCAGAAUUAUUGUAACGAGGGUUUUUGAGCAUGAACCGCCUUUUAAGGUCAUGCCACAGCAUCUCAAUAGGAUUCAGGUCAGGGCUUUGAUGAGGCCACUCCGAAGUCCAUUUUGUUUUCUUCAGCCAUUCAAAGGUGGACGUGCUGGUGUGUUUUGUAUCAUUGUCCUGCUUGCAGAACCCGGUAGACAGCAGAAUUCACGGUUCGAAUUAUUAAAGCAAGUCUUUCAGGUCCGGAAGCAAAACAACAGCCCAAGACCAUUACGCUACCACCACCAUUUCUCACUGUUGGUUUGAUGUUCUGUUUCUGAAAUGCGGUGUUACUUUUACGUCAGAUGUAAUGGGACACACCUUCCAAAAAGUUCAACUUUUGUCUUUGUCACACCACAGAGUAUUUUCCCCAAAGGUCUUGAGGAUCAUCAAGAUGUCUUCUGGCAAAAUUGAGAUGAGCCUUUAUGCAUGUUCUUUUUGCUCAGCGGUGUAUUUUUUUUUAUUUAAACAAACCUGUCCUGUUCAGCUGCAUGGCCUUGCAGAAUAGUGGAUCUGUAUGACUUUCAGCAGUGGUUUUCAUCUUGGAACUCUGCCAUGCAGGUCAUGUUUGCCCAGUCUCUUUCUUAUGCUGGAGUCAUGAACACCGAUCUUAAAACUGCGGCAAGUGAGGCCUGCAGUUCUUUGGAUGUUGUUGUGGGGUCUUUAGUGACCGCUUGGAUGAGUCGUCGCUGCGCUCUUGGGCUAAUUUUGGUCAGUCAGCCCCUCCUGGGAAGGUUCACCACUGUUCUUUGUUUUGCCAGUUUGUGGAGAAUGGCCCUCACAGUGGUUCCCUGGAGUCCAAAAGCUUUUAAAAUGGCUUUAUAACCUUUUCCACACUGAUAGAGCUCUCUUACUUUAUUUCUAAUUGGUUCCCAAAUUUCUGUAGAUCUAGUCAUGACAUCUAGCUUUUGAGGAUCUGUUUUGUUUUGAUCUGCUUUGUCAGGCCUGUCCUAUUUAAAUGAUUGCUUGAUUGAGAACAGGUGUGUCAGUAUCAGGCCUGGGCGUGGCUAGAGAAAUUGAACUCAGUUAUGAUGAAUUACAGUUAUGUUUUAGUGGUGGGGGGCAAUAUUUUGUACAUAUGCCCUCGUAG